UUUAAUUUGGUCCAUCCAACGACAAAGAAAAAUCUACAAAUGAAGUGUGAGAAGACAUUCAAGCUCUAACUGGUCUUUGAACUAGCGGAUCCCUACAAUUUGCCAACUUUUCAACCAACAGUAUAGCUUUAAAUCUUAAUAUGUUUUCCUUAGCUUGUAUUUUAUUGGGAUGUAUGGGCUUAUGAAUUAUUAUUUAGAUGCUAUAUAUACAUUGAAGUAUGUGGGUGUAUAACAUCGUCUAUAGAGAGUGCAUAAAGUGCCCAUAAAAAAUUUGAAGGAAUCAAAACAGAAGAAGAAGAAGAUCAUGGAAGCAGUAGUGCAAAUUGUGUCAAGAGAAAUCAUCAAGCCAGCACCCAAUUGUAGAACAAAGUUGAAGGAAUAUGAUGAUCACCAAAAAACCUUCAAAGUUUCAUUCAUGGAUAUGCUGUCUCCUGAAUGUUACAUUCCCAUCACUUUCUUCUACCCAAAUACCCAUUAUUUCAACAACAAAGAAGAAACAAGUUUUAGAUUGAAACUUAGUCUCUCAAAAACAUUGGCACAAUUCCCAAUUCUUGCAACAAAAAUCAAAGAUAACCUUAUCCAUCAUUCCUUUGAUGAUGAUGAUGAUGAUGAUAUUAUUGGUUCUCUCUUUGUAGAAGCCAACAUCAAAAUGAGCCUGGAUGAAUUUCUGAAAUCCCCAAAUCUCAAUUUGCUUAAUGAAUUCCUUCCAUUUCCAUUCAUUCCAAACCAAGUAGAGGAACCCAGGCAAAUUGGUGUUCAAGUAAAUUUUUUUACUUGUGGUGGGAUUGGAAUUGGGGUUUCUUUGUUGCAUACACUUAUUGAUGGAACAACAAUGAGUUCUUUCAUUAAGUGUUGGGCUAAAUUUUGUGAAGAUCAAGAAGACUAUUAUGAAGGGAAAUUUUGUGGUGGUGACUACAGUUUAACUUGCUCACUUUUUCCAUACAGAGAAGUUUCAAAUGGGUAUCGUUUGAUAUCAUCAGAAACUCCAUUUGUAGUGGAGAAAGGGAAAAAGAGUACUACUAGAAGAUUUGUUUUUGAUGAAAUGGCAAUAUCAAAACUAAAAGAUAAAGCUAAAUCUACAAGGGUUUGUAAUCCAACAACUGUUGAAGUUGCUACUUGCUUCAUAUGGAAAUAUGCCAUGAAAGCUGCCUCAGGAUGUAAAUUAUUUGACCCCUGGCAAUCAGUUUUGGUUCAUACAGUGAACAUGAGGAAGAGAAUAACUCACCCACCACUAUCAGAAAACAACAUCGGCAACCUUUUCUGGAGGAGUUGUGCAUAUUUCAAAUCAUUACCAAACAAAGACAUCAAUUUGGCUGAUCUACAGAUCACAGUGAGACAAUCAAUAUCUGAGGUCAACAAUAACAAUUUCUUUCAACAAGCAAUAGCAUCCCAAUGUACUACUCUUUUGAGUUCCUUACAACGAUUACAUCAACUUUACGCCAAGAGUUCCGAGUCUUAUUUGUUUACGAGUUGGCGUAACAUGGGUUUCAAUGGAGUGGAUUUUGGAUGGGGAAAGCCUUUGUGGGUUGCUGGUGGAGGAAAUGUAUUUGACUCCAUUACAAGAAACUUGGUUAUUUUGAUGGACACAGUGGUGGGGAAUGGAGUUGAAGCAUGGGUUGUGUUGGAUGAUGUUACAAUGAAGUUGUUGGAAAAUGAUUACGAGUUUCUCGAGUUUGCUUCACUAAACCCAAGUAUCUGUUAGAGACGAGGAUGUAUGAAGAUCAAUAAUCGAUCUCCAUGUAUUACUAUAUCUUUACAAUGAUUUGAUAUUAGUAUUGUUUGCUUUAGGUCAUUAUAUAAUAUUCGUUGUUUUAUGUUGUAGUUAAUGUGAGAUUUGAUCGAUUAUCAUGUUUUAAUAACAUUGUCGUGUUUGUCAAUGGUGAUAGGAAUUAAUGAGAAUUAUUUAUGUUUCAAAUAAAGUGUUGUAAUUUCUAGUGAUCA